UAAUUUUCUCACUCCUAAUACAGUACAAUAAGUCCAAGUAUAAAAGGGCAGUACUUUUCCCUUAAAACCGAGGAACUAACAAAAAAAGAAGGAAGAUAACAUUUUGAUAAGUAGCUUAUUUUUGUUUUGGCUUCCUUUUAUGGCAAUUGCCAAUACCAUGAAUCUGAGUAACGUCGAUAUAAAUAACAGCGGCAACAACAACGAUAAGCAGGAGGAUGAUCAACAACCACAACAACAACAACAACAACAACAAUCUGAUCAUGAUGACGACGAGCACGAGCAUGACAUGGUGAUGCCCGGUUUUCGAUUCCACCCUACUGAAGAAGAACUCGUGGAGUUUUACCUUCGCCGUAAGGUGGAGGGCAAGAAAUUUAAUGUAGAACUCAUUACUUUUCUCGAUCUUUAUCGCUACGACCCUUGGGAACUCCCUGCCUUGGCAGCAAUCGGGGAGAAAGAAUGGUUCUUCUAUGUGCCAAGAGACCGGAAGUACCGGAAUGGCGAUAGGCCUAAUCGAGUAACCACAUCCGGUUAUUGGAAAGCAACCGGAGCUGAUCGAAUGAUACGAGGGGAGAACUCCCGCCCCAUCGGCCUUAAAAAAACACUAGUCUUUUACUCCGGUAAGGCCCCUAAAGGUAUCCGAACUAGUUGGAUUAUGAACGAAUACCGACUUCCCCAACACGAAACUGAACGAUAUCAAAAGGCGGAGAUAUCACUUUGCCGGGUGUAUAAGCGACCAGGGGUGGAGGAUCAUCCGUCUGUGCCGCGAGGAAAUAGCCUGCCGUCAAGGUCAUCUAAAGCAACAUCGUCAUCUUCGGAGAGGAAGAACUACCAUAACGCAUUUAGAGCACAAACAACAUGUUUGCAACAGCAAAUGGAGCAGCAACAACCGCCGCCUCAGAUGGGUGAGAAGGUGAGUGAGACAGACGCUAGUAGUAGCACAGAAGUGGGAACAGCUCUUGGACUUUCUCACCAUAGUUCUUACAGUGCGGUGAGUCCUUUAGCGACCCCACUACAACAAUCGCUAACUCCUCCACCACCGCAACCACCAACACCAUCCUCUAUCGAGGUCAAUAGAAUGAUGCAAUUGUUGAAUGAUAAUCACCCAAACUUGAAGCAUCACCAAGUGGUAAGUGGUGGAGGUGGCGGAGGUGGAGGCGAUCAUGGUGUAAUUACAUCAAUGUCUUCACCUCUUAACGCCUCCAUUACUCAUCCUUCUUCUGCACUACUUCAUCAGCCGAGUAUGGAAGAUAUUCAUAGAUUAGUUGAGUAUCAACAAGCUUGCAUCCAUCACCAUUUCCAACAACAACAACAACCGCUACCACAGCAACAUCACCAGCAGUUCCAGUUUGAAGCACUUAACAAUAGUGGUAACCCCAGCAGCAGUGGUAGUACUACUAAUAACUUGCCCUUUUUGUUCUCCAACUAUCUAUUCUCACCUGCACAACAAGCACAAGCAUCACUUAUUGACAAUCCCCAUCCACCAACAACAACAGCAGCCGGCGGCUCUAGUAGUAGUUUACAGUUGCCUCCAGUAACUGUUGCUGGUGCUGGUGCUGGACUCGCGUUUUCAGACCGAUCAUUGUGGGAUUGGAACCCGUACUCAGAACCGAAUAGGGAUCACUUCAGUAACCUCUUCAAGUAACUUAUCGCUCCUUCCGCAAUAGGGACUUGCAUACUACAUAUAUCAUGAGAAGCAUAACUAAUUAAGUACGUACUACUUUUCAGAUACAUUAAUUUCUUAAAUUAUCAUCAUGUUUUACUUAUAUGUUUUUCUACCCGGAAUUUUAUAUAGGCGUAUAUGACCACUAUAAUUAAAUUUUAUGUACUAUGUAUGCGCGCAUUUUGUUAUUUUUAAGCUAAGCACCCAAUCUUAGAGUCAAUUUUAAUGGA